UCGAAAGGCUCAGCAUGCUGGUGAUUCUCCUCAACUGUGUGACGUUGGGCAUGUUCCACCCCUGUGAAGACAUGGCCUGUGAUUCCCCGCGCUGCAGGAUUCUCCAGAGCUUUGAUGACUUCAUCUUUGCCUUCUUCGCUGUGGAGAUGAUAGUCAAGAUGAUUGCACUAGGGAUUUUCGGGAAGAAGUGCUACCUGGGAGAUACAUGGAAUCGCCUGGAUUUUUUCAUUGUCAUAGCCGGCAUGCUGGAAUACUCCCUGGACUUGCAGAAUGUCAGUUUCUCAGCUGUUCGGACUGUCCGAGUACUUCGGCCACUCAGAGCCAUUAACAGAGUUCCCAGUAUGCGCAUCCUGGUCACGCUGCUCUUGGACACACUGCCCAUGCUGGGGAACGUCCUCCUCCUCUGUUUCUUUGUGUUCUUUAUCUUUGGCAUCGUGGGAGUCCAGCUGUGGGCAGGGUUGCUCAGGAACCGCUGCUUCCUACCUGAGAACUUCAGUCUGCCCUACACGGUAGAGUUGGAAAAAUACUAUCAGACAGAGAAUGAGGAUGAAAAUCCCUUCAUCUGCUCCCAGCCUCGAGAGAAUGGAAUGCGUUACUGCCGCAGUAUCCCGACACGGAGGGAAGAAGGCCUGGAGUGCACCCUGGACUUUUACGCCUAUAACGACACCACUAACACCUCCUGCGUCAAUUGGAACCAGUAUUACACCAACUGUUCUGCUGGGGAGCACAACCCCUUCAAAGGAGCAAUCAACUUUGACAACAUUGGAUAUGCAUGGAUCGCAAUAUUUCAGGUCAUCACGCUGGAGGGCUGGGUGGACAUCAUGUACUUCGUCAUGGAUGCUCACUCCUUCUACAAUUUCAUCUACUUCAUCCUUCUGAUCAUCGUGGGCUCCUUCUUCAUGAUCAACCUCUGUCUAGUGGUCAUCGCCACCCAGUUCUCUGAGACUAAGCAGCGAGAGAGCCAGCUGAUGAAAGAGCAGCGGGUCCGCUACCUAUCCAAUGCCAGCACGUUGGCCAGUUUUUCGGAGCCGGGUAGCUGCUAUGAUGAACUUCUCAAAUAUCUGGUUUACGUUGCCCGUAAGGCCAGCAAACAGCUGGUCAAAGGCUAUAGAGAGGCAGGGUUCAAAAUGGGUCUCCUCUCCAACCCGAGGAAUAAGAGUGGGGCCGAGAGGCAGCCAUGCAGACAUCGGCAGAGGAAAAGGUCAUCAGUACACCAUCUGAUUCACCACCACCACCACCAUCACCACCACUACCACUUGGGUAAUGGGAACCUGCGGGCACCACGUGCCAGCCCUGAGAUCAGCGAUGUGGAAACCAGCUCACUCCACAAUGGCACCAACAGGCUCAUGCUUCCUCCCACAACAUCUAAUCCCCAUCCUGCCUCUAACGCUGCUGCCAGCAACACAGAGUCCGUGCACAGCAUCUACCAUGCAGAUUGCCACUUUGAGCCCAUCCACUGCAGGUCAUCCCUCCCUCAGCCUGGCUUGAGUUUACCAAGCACAGAGGGGCUCCCCAAGAAUGUGGUUGGCAGGAAGGUGUAUCCCACCGUACACCCAAGCACCUCCCAUGAGAUGCUGAAAGAGAAAAACGUGGCAGAUUCUACAGUGAACCCUGGGGCCAGCAUGCUAACCAACCUUAAUAUCCCUCCUGGGCCAUACAGCACCAUGCACAAGCUUCUGGAGACCCAGAGUACUGGAUUCUUUUCAGUCCACAGUACAGAUACAGGAGCUGGCUUUCCAGGUGCCUGUCAAAGUUCUUGCAAGAUUUCUAGCCAGUGUGGGAAACUGGACAGUGGUUCCUGCAAUCCAGACAGCUGUCCCUACUGCAUCAAGACUCUGGCCCGUGACCUGGAGCUCAUGGACAAUGAGAUGGCGGACUCGGACAGCGAGGAGGUAUAUGAAUUCACCCAGGAUGCCCACUACAGCGACCAGAGGGACCCUCAACGAGGGAAAACCAAAGGCAGGAAAACCAGCCAAAUCUUGGCUUUCUGGAAAGUGGUUUGUGAGACGUUCCAGAAGAUUGUGGACAGCAAGUACUUUGGCCGGGGGAUCAUGAUUGCCAUUCUGAUCAACACCCUAAGCAUGGGGAUUGAAUACCAUGAGCAGCCUGAGGAACUCACCAAUGCCUUGGAGAUCAGCAAUAUUGUCUUCACAAGCCUCUUUGCCCUGGAGAUGCUGCUGAAAGUCCUCGUGUAUGGUCCAUUUGGGUACAUCAAAAAUCCAUACAACAUCUUUGAUGGGAUCAUUGUAGUGAUCAGUGUCUGGGAGAUAGUGGGACAGCAAGGCGGGGGUCUGUCAGUUCUGCGGACGUUCCGUCUCAUGCGAGUCCUGAAGCUGGUCCGCUUCAUGCCUGCCCUCCAGCGCCAGCUAGUUGUCCUUAUGAAGACCAUGGACAACGUGGCCACCUUCUGCAUGUUACUGAUGCUUUUCAUCUUCAUCUUUAGUAUCCUGGGGAUGCAUCUCUUCGGCUGUAAGUUUGCUUCGGAGCGAGAUGGAGACACCCUGCCAGACAGGAAGAACUUUGACUCCUUGCUAUGGGCCAUCGUCACGGUUUUCCAGAUUCUGACUCAAGAAGACUGGAACAAGGUCCUCUACAAUGGCAUGGCGUCUACCUCUUCCUGGGCUGCUCUCUACUUCAUCGCUCUUAUGACGUUUGGGAAUUACGUUCUCUUUAAUCUAUUGGUGGCCAUCCUGGUGGAAGGUUUCCAGACUGAGGAAAUCACCAAGCAAGAAGAUGCGAGUGGGCAGUUAAGCUGUAUUCAGCUGCCUGUCGACUCGGCAGUGAAAGGCAAACUGGGAGCAAAAGAACAGGGAGAUGCUUCUAAGUCUGAUUCUGAGGGGGAUCUUUUCCCUCAUAGCCUGGAAGAAGAGGGUGGACUUAAGAAAAACUUGUCAAACCCAGCCUUGAUGGUACUGAGCGACCUCCCAGAGCUGAAGAAGAGUCUGACCCCACCUCUGAUCAUCCACACAGCUGCCACCCCAAUGCCAAUGCCAAAAAAUGCCGUGUUCGGAGAUGCAACUCGGGGCUAUGAAUCUCGCAGGGCCAGCAGUGUCUCCAUGGAUCCCAAUGCCUAUGAACUCAAAUCACCAUCCAGCAUACAGAGCUCCCCCCACAGCCCUUGGAGUGCAGCCAGCAGCUGGAAUAGUCGCCGGUCAAGCUGGAAUAGCCUGGGACGGGCUCCCAGCCUGAAACGCCGGAGCCAGAGUGGGGAGCGCAAGUCCCUCUUGUCUGGGAAUGGGAAGGAGAGUUCAGAGGAAGGGGAAAGCUCAGACGAGGAAAGGUCCAGCCGUGCUGGGAGCGUUAAUGGCUCUUUACCUCACCGCAUGGCGUCACUGGAAACUAAAGGCUCGUUCGAUCUCCAAGAUACCUUGCAGGUGCCUUCCCUGUACCGAACCAGCAGCAUGCACAGCAGCCGGACCGCUGCAUCAGAGCAUCAAGACUGCAAUGGGAAAUCCUCCCCAGGAGCCUUGUUACAGCAGCUCCAGUUGGAUGACGAUGAUGGUGAUGAUGAAGGCAACCUGAGCAAAAGUGAACGUAUGAAGGCUUGGAUAAGGGCACACCUACCUUCCUGGUGCAAAGAAAGGGAUUCCUGGUCUAUCUACAUCUUUGCUCCUCACUCUAAAUUCCGUCUGAUGUGCAAUAAAAUCAUCUCUCACAAGAUGUUUGAUCACAUCGUCUUGGUUAUUAUUUUCCUGAACUGCAUUACCAUUGCCAUGGAACGGCCAAAAAUUGAGCCCCAUAGUGCUGAACGAAUUUUCCUAACACUGUCCAACUACAUCUUCACAGUAAUCUUCCUGGCUGAGAUGACAGUUAAGGUGGUGGCGCUCGGCUUGUGCUUUGGGGAGAAGGCCUACCUGAAGAGCAGUUGGAAUGUGCUUGAUGGGGUGUUGGUUCUCAUCUCAGUCAUUGACAUCCUGGUUUCAAUGGUAUCGGACAGCGGCACUAAAAUUCUUGGAAUGCUGAGGGUCUUGAGGCUGCUGCGAACACUCAGGCCAUUAAGGGUCAUUAGUCGAGCACAAGGACUGAAGCUGGUGGUGGAAACCCUGAUGUCAUCCCUGAAGCCUAUUGGGAACAUUGUGGUCAUCUGUUGUGCUUUCUUCAUCAUCUUUGGAAUCUUGGGAGUCCAGCUUUUCAAAGGGAAGUUUUUUGUCUGCCAAGGGGAGGAUACCAGAAACAUCACAAACAAAUCAGACUGUGCAGAAGCCAGCUACAAAUGGGUCCGGCACAAGUAUAAUUUUGAUAAUCUCGGCCAGGCCCUGAUGUCUCUGUUUGUUCUGGCCUCCAAAGAUGGGUGGGUGGACAUCAUGUAUGAUGGCCUCGAUGCUGUAGGAGUUGACCAGCAGCCAGUUAUGAACUAUAACCCUUGGAUGCUCCUCUACUUCAUCUCCUUCCUGCUGAUUGUGGCCUUCUUCGUCCUCAAUAUGUUCGUGGGGGUCGUGGUGGAGAAUUUCCACAAGUGUCGGCAGCACCAGGAGGAGGAAGAAGCCAAGAGACGGGAGGAGAAGAGACUUCGCCGGCUGGAGAAAAAGAGAAGGAAUCUAAUGCUGGAUGAUGUAAUAAUGGAGAGCUCAGCCAGUGCAGUGCAAGAAGCACAGUGUAAACCCUACUAUUCCGAUUACUCUCGCUUCCGGCUCCUGAUCCACCAGAUGUGCACAAGCCAUUACCUGGAUUUGUUCAUCACUGGAGUUAUCGGCCUCAAUGUGAUCACCAUGGCCAUGGAGCACUAUCAGCAGCCAAAGGUUCUUGAUGAGGCACUGAAGAUUUGCAAUUACAUCUUCACUGUCAUCUUUGUCUUGGAAUCUGUUUUCAAGCUGAUUGCCUUUGGGUUUCGCCGGUUCUUUCAAGACAGAUGGAACCAAUUAGACCUGGCAAUAGUGCUGCUGUCUAUCAUGGGUAUCACUUUGGAAGAGAUUGAGGUGAAUGCAUCAUUGCCCAUUAACCCCACCAUUAUCCGGAUAAUGAGGGUGCUAAGGAUUGCUCGAGUGUUAAAGUUACUGAAGAUGGCUGUAGGGAUGAGAGCCCUGCUGGACACUGUCAUGCAAGCACUGCCUCAGGUGGGGAAUCUCGGUCUUCUCUUCAUGUUGUUGUUUUUCAUAUUUGCAGCUCUUGGAGUGGAGCUAUUUGGCGACCUUGAAUGCGAUGACACUCACCACUGCGAGGGACUAGGGCGGCACGCCACUUUUAGAAACUUUGGGAUGGCCUUUUUAACUCUCUUCCGGGUCUCAACAGGAGACAAUUGGAAUGGGAUAAUGAAGGACACGUUGCGUGACUGUGACCCGGAGUCCACCUGUUACAACACAGUCAUCUCGCCCAUGUACUUUGUCUCCUUUGUGUUGACGGCCCAGUUCGUCCUGGUGAAUGUGGUGAUUGCAGUGCUCAUGAAGCACCUGGAAGAGAGCAACAAGGAAGCCAAAGAGGAAGCAGAGCUGGAAGCGGAGCUGGAGAUGGAAAUGAAAACUAUCAUCCCAGGCCCAAUCCCAGCCUCGGACCUCUUUGCAUGGACAGGCGGUAAUGGUGGAGAAAGGCCUGAGAGCCCCAGAGGAUGUACCAAUCCCAUGCAAUUCAAGGUGGAUUCUCAGCUCUCAUUAUUUUAUCCUAUGGAAAGACACUUGUUUGAUACCAUAUCACUGCUGAUCCAGGAAUCUCUGGAAGGAGAGUUGAAGCUGAUGGACAACCUGUCAGGCUCUGUGUGCCAUCAUUAUGCCCUUCCAGCUCCUGAGUAUUACAACUCUGAAAAACAGAUCCCUCUAGCUGAGAUGGAGGCUCUGUCUCUGACGUCAGAUAUUCUCUCUGAAAAGUCCUGGUCCUUAGCUCUGACGGAUGACUCUUUUCCUGAUGAUACUAACACACUCUUACUUAAUGCUCUGGAAAGCAAUACUGAUCACCUCUCCAGAGACGACACCCUGACACUGUCCCCUAGCAAGGACUUGCUGAGUGUGAGAAAGCCUUCCGUAGGUCGCACCCACUCUUUGCCAAAUGACAGCUACAUGUUCCAGCCUCCGUACACAGGCUCCUGUGCCAACUCCCAGGUCGAGAGGAACGCAUCUCAUCAGAAAUCGCAGUCGGGUUCAACAGCCUCCGUGCAGUCGCAGCCUGCUGACACCAGUUCUCUCCUGCAAAUCCCAAAAGAUCAUUUUCACCACAUAAGACCUCAUGGCAAUUUGAACUGGGAAAGCAAAUCCAAGAUCCCCCCAACUGUGCAUUCUCUGUCUGCAGAAAGAUUACUUCGUAGGCAGGUGGCAAUAAGGAAUGACUCCUUGGAUAUGUAUUGCUCUGAAAGCAAAGAGAAUUUGCAGGCUGAGGUGAAUGAACUCUCUGAUACAAAUGUGCCAGCUGGAUCCACAGAGGACCCAUCAGAAGCAAGUAAAUCGGCCUGCUGGGGCCGAUCAAGUGUUCGCACUCAGCAUUCCCACAAUCGGUAUAAUAUAUCCAAGCACACACCAGCUUUGUGUGCAUGUACAGGCUCAUAUCAAGAGACACUUAGAGACUCGAUAGACCAAGACGUAUCUGAAAUAAACAGCUCUUUGGAGCCUUUCACUUCAGGAACUUGUACAGCCUUGAGUGCCUGUUCAGUGGUUCCACCUCUAACUCCCAAGAGGAACAUAGGGAAUAGCAGCAAUGUUACUUUAAAGGACCUGAAGAAAUACUACAGUGUAGAUACCCAGGGUCUUCUCAGAAAACCAUCAUCUUGGUUAGAUGAUCAAAGGAGACAUUCAAUAGAAAUUUGUUCCAUGCAAAGCAGCCCUCAGCACCAUUCCACAUCUAGCUCUUCUGGCUUCAUAAGUCAGGUCUUAAGUGAAAUGGAAGGCUUGCAAGGAGCCCGGCAGAAGAAAAAACUGAGCCCCCCGUGUAUAUCUAUAGAUCCACCAGAUGGACAAAGUUUGUUACCUAGAGGAUCUCAUGGUAUUUCACCACCCAGUGCAGACAUUUGCUUGCGAAGGCGUGCGCCAUCUUGUGAUUCCAAGGACUCAAUGGAUAUAGGAGAUUCACUGCUUCCAGACAGUAUGUCAACAUCUCCUACCCCAAAGACAGACUUGUUGACUCUUCCUAGUUUUUCCUUUGAUCAAGCAGAAAUGGACCCCUGAAUUAUAUUUCUGUUGGUGCCAAAUGUUUUCUUCCUUUCAUGUAAUAAAAAAAAAUACAAAUUAAAAACAAACAAAAAAACCCUCUGUAUUUUCAAAUGGCACUGGGUAAAAAUUUCCAAAGAAAGUUGAAAGAACCAGCUGGUUAAAGAGUGGUUAACCUAUAUCACGCUUACUUAAGCAUAUGUUCUGCUUAGGUAAAAGCAAUACAUUGUGCAGAAUCUAUAUGUAUAUUAUAUUUUAUUAAAUUAAUUGACUCUAGUAUUGCGGGAUGUAGUACAUUUUGUGACUAAGAUCUUGUUUAAUUUUCUUCUAUUUUAUGUAUCUCAGAAUAUUUCUGAGAUAAGGUUUGGGUUUUAUGGACAUUUUAACAUAAAAUACAUAUUUAAUCCUUUUUUGUUUUGUUUUGGUUUGGUUUUUUGCAAAGCACAGGGUAUAGCCAAUUAGUGCAUUACAGAGGAAAUAUAUUCCACAGUCAACAAGGAAGGAGAAUAAUUUUGAACUGUAAUGUAACCCCUUCCCCCCCUUAAACUUAAUAGUUUUCUGUGGAAAAUAGUCAUUUGAAUAUUUCACGAAUGCAAUGGAAUUCUUUUUAAUAAUCGAAUAAUUUUCCAAACUAAAGUUAACUCACCCAUCAGAGUCAAAACAAGUGUAUUAGAACAGGAAUGUACAAUAUGCUGACAGAUGCAUGAAGAUUUCUAAUGUAAAGGGAAUUUAACUGCAUACUAGCAUGACACAAUAUUGGUUUAUAAAAAGAUAUUACAUAUAUUGCCACUGAUGAAAAUGGUGGUUCUUAACAUGUCAAUGGAUGCAAUUUUCAAAAGCACCAGGUGAUUUAAACGCAUAAUCCCAUCGGCACUUUUUACAAUUUUACUGACUAUCUUUAGCUACCUAUAGCCCAAUCCUGAGCUCUCCUGUCAGCAGUUUUACACUAGUCUAAGUCUAUUGAGUUCAAUGGAGUUAUUCCUACUUGCACCUAUGAGAGAGGAAAAUCACACCCCUAAGUAAGAUCUACAGUUAGCUAAACUCCAUAUAGCCCUGAUCCAGGAAAGCAUUUAAGCAUGUUCUUAUCAUUAUCCCUAUCCAGCAAAGCACUUAAAUGAUUUCCAAAAUCUAGGCUUAGGAAUUGUUGCACUGCAAUGCCUAACUGAUUUAAGAGCCUAAAUUUCAUUUUCAAAGUGAUUCAGGCACUUAGGAGCUAAAUACUAUCAACUGCCCAUGGGAUUUUGGCUCCUAAUGCCCAAAUCUCUUGUAAAAUUAGAUGUAGGCUCCUAAAUCGGUUAGGCAUUGCAAUA